AUGGUAACAGUAAUUCGUGUGAAUAAGACUGAUCUAUUGAAUGGAUUAGGAAAGAGGCAACUAGAUACUUUUGGUAGAAACGUAUUGAAAGUGAACGUAAACUCAGAUAGAUAUCAAGAUCGUCUGAAUUCUAUUCAACUAUCAUCAAAUGAUUUAACUGAUAAGUCAAGAAUUUUCAUUACAUCAAAAAAACCAGAAUCCAUUUCGAAACAUAAUCAGACAGAAACGAAUGUCAAAAUAAAUUAUGAAUUGAAUGAACGAAGAUCGACAUUUCAUGAACAAAUAAAACACCGCCGUCGUCGGAAACGUGGCUCAUCUCCAUGGUUAAAACGAUGCUGUUGUCUGCUAGUAACUAUUUCUCUUAUUGCCCUUGCCUUGUCUGCUGUGAUCGCUGCAGUUACUAUGGCAAAAUUAUCUAAAAGUAAAAAAGAUGGCCAGACUACGACGCUUACUAAUGCGACUACAGUAACUUCUACAAUGCCACCUAGUCUGACUACACCAUCUACAAGCACUACCAGAACUGUAAGCACAUCUACAACACCAUCCACAACCACGCUAGCUACAACAUCGCUUACGACUAUACUCUCAAGUACUUCUGCAGGAACCACUACAACUCCUUUCAAUUCAACGUUCAAUAAGAAUUUAUUGAUUAACGGUGAUGGUGAAACUGGUCCUUGCGAAACAGGCGGUGGUGUUACACAUCCAACAGGAUGGAAUUACAAUGGAACGAUUACUCAAAUAUCCUAUAAUAAUCCUCAACAUGGAGAUCUUACUCCUUCAGAUCCUGGACCGAGUAACCGUGGUAAUUGCUAUUUCUUUGGACAAGCGUCGACUGUUACUUCAAUGUGGCAAACAGUAAAUGUGACACACACUGUUGAUCCAGUUUUAAUUGAUAAUUCUGUGGUCAAAUUCAAUCUAUCAGCAUGGAUUGGCGGCUGGAGUUCUCAAAAUGAUAAUGCGCGUGUUUCAAUAGCUUUUGCUGAUCAAGCAAAUCAAAUGCUGGGCAAUCGAACAACAAUCGGCCCAGUAUCAGCUGCUGAUCGAAACAGUCAAUCAUCAUUGCUCUUUCGUCAAGCUACUGGACUUGUACCAGCUGGGACUCGUUCUUUUACAAUACUUGUCACUAUCAUUUGUACAGAUCCAACUUCGAAUGAUGGCGAUGUUGAUAAUAUUGGAAUUUAUUUCUAUCAAUAA